AUGGCGCUGCUCACGAAACUUCUGUUCUCGGGAGUUUGCAUUGCUGUUUUAUUAUAUGGCAUUUUAGAUGUUAUAACAAAUUAUGAACAAAACAAAUGUCAUAUGACGUACAUGUUUGAGCAGCCGGAAUAUUUGGAAAUUCCUCUCAGCAAAGCCAUUAAAGAAAAAUUUCCAAGAUAUGGCCUUUAUGUAUAUGGAGAAGGACCCUAUGCAAGACAAGUGGAAAAGUUGAAUUUACAAGGCAUACCAGUUUUAUUUAUACCUGGGAAUUCUGGCAGCCACAAACAAGCGCGUUCCUUGGGAUCAGUUUCCCUCAGAAGGGCCAUGGACAAAAGGACACAUUUCUUCUUCAACUACUUUACCGUAGAUUUCAAUGAGGAUUUAAGUGCUUUGUAUGGUGGGGUUCUACAAGAUGAAACAGAAUUUGUGCACACAUGCAUUAAGAAAAUCCUAAGAUUAUACAAGAACGCUGAGAACAAGCCUUCAACGGUUAUUCUAGUGGGCCAUUCCAUGGGAGGAAUGAUUGCUAGAGCAUUAUUCACUUUACCAGAUUUUGACCACACUCAAGUCAAUACCAUAAUCACUCAGUCUACCCCUCAUCAGAUCCCAGUGCUAUCUGUUGACUCAUAUAUGGCCAGCUUUUAUAGAAAUGUCAACAACUACUGGAGAGAAUUCGGAGCCACCAAUCUCAGUCAUGUGACUGUGGUUUCCACUGGUGGCGGACACAGGGACUACCAAGUUCGGAACUCUCUCAGCUCACUCAAAGGGAUCAUUGAUCCAGCUAGAAGCAUCAGUUCAUCUACCAUUUCAAUGCCAAAGGCUUGGGUCUCCACAGAUCAUCUCUGUGCCGUGUGGUGCAAAGAAGUUGUGAUGGCCACUGUUCGAGCAAUAUUUGAUAUUGUGGAUACCUCAACCAAUCAGGUUUCAACAGAUGCCAAUUAUAGAAUGAACGUUUUCCGUCAUCAUUUCCUCUCACAUUCUGGCUCCAGGAGCUAUACAAGGUCCUGGACAAAAGAACUGACAUUAGACCCCUCAGCCACAUGGGUGAUGGAGAAAGGACUCACCUGGGAGUUCGCCAGGGACCAAGUGAAUGAACAAACAUACAUAUCAAUCCCCAUCGAGAGACAGAGAGAGGAUACAUUUGUUGCUGUGUCUGAUAUUGAAUCAAAGGAUUGGAUCUGUGUCUGCAAGAGUGAAACAGGAGAUGGAAGAUGUAAAAAAUGCAAGAAUUUGUCAAAAUAUGGAGAAGCCAUUCCACCAAGCAACUCUUGGAGAAAGGUUGUGCAUGUCAACUUGAAGAAACACAAGUCAAUGACUCACGUCAUUAUCAUGGUGCCCAGAACGAAGGAAAAGGUAGAGGUGAUGGGGGACAUUUACCGUAGAGACGACAGACACCUGAGUUACCGCAUGCCAGGAUUCAUUGACACGAUCAUGACCUACCCAGAGAGCGUGACCCAGGGGACGGGCAUCCUGACCCUCUUCAAUGACACCCUCUUCUACGACCUCCAUCUGCUGAAUAUGGAUCAAGUAUUUAAAGCCUUCACUGUGAAGCUCGAACCAAAGAAAUGCUCAGCAGCCACUCCAGAUUUACAUGAUGGCUAUAUGAUGAAGCUCCAUGUCCCUGAAAGCAAUGAGGAUGCAUUUUCUUUUAACAAACUGAGUGAGACGGGGUACCUACAGGUGAAGUUACAGAGUGGAAACAUCGACUACAGCAGUAACAUCCGGCUACAGGUGUACACCGACCCCUCCUGUACCUACCAACUCAAAAUCCUGGUCUCUCCCAUGCAGAUGCUCGGACAGUUUGUCCGUUUCUAUGGAACUCUUCUGCCUGGAUUUAUGGUGGCGGUUUUACUGAUGGGGGUGAUGCAUCAGCUACGGUGUAUGGCUAAAGAUGGGAUAUGUCCAGCUUUAUUGGAUGCUAUUGAGGCUAAUGGCAAGCCUUACUUUAUCAUUCCAGUUGCCAUGCUUUUGAAUUUCAUAUUUCAACUUCCUGUUACCCAGCAAGCUCUGGGAGAGGACAGUGGGAUGCUACCAGACACCAGGGAACUGACCAAUCAGGGACUUAUGAUGAGACUUCUGCCCCUACUCCUGUAUCUGAUUGCACAAGGGCUGAUCAACUUCCAGUGUUUUGUAAUCGAUAUAGGAAUGAAAUUCCUCAGUCAAGUUUUUGGAAUUUUAUGUUCAUGCUGUCCGUUGCCAAGCAGCGAAGGCCGAGUAGUCCCAGCAUUCCUAGUGUUAGCAUUGGUGCUUUCCGGUGUUCUAUGUGGAACAUUGGGCCUUGUCAUCUGUUACUUCGUUUGUAUUGUAAAGGUUCUAAGGACCUACCAUGUAUUACGACAGGACAUCUUAGACUCGGGCGUCCAGUCACGCUAUAAUCUGUACCAGACCACACUGCUUCUGCUGAUGUGGAUGAUGGGCCUCAACCUACCUCCAAUGAUAGUCUGGCUCAAAAAUAUUCAGUAUUCUAUAAUCUUAUACAAUGAUCCCACUUGGCUCACUUCCAUUUUAUGUAUCCUCGCGGUAGGAGCAUUGCUACUCUGUGAUGAUCCCCUCUCAGGAAAGGACCACUACUUUUCGACCUGUAUAGGGGUGUACAUCCUAACAGUCUUCUUGGUUCUGUACGGGACUCUGUCCACCUACCGUAUCUCCUAUGUCAUCCCUGCCACCUUAUUUCUGAUGGCUAUACCACAGGUUGUGAGCAAACUGAAGUCAAGCCCACCACAGAAAGACAGAAAUAUGUAAAGUUUAUAGUGGUGUACGUGUAGCAAGAAGUACGAGAAACAUUUAAAGUUUAUAGUGGUGUACAUUAGCACGAAGUAUGAGAAACAUUCAAAUUUAUUCAAAUUUAAAAGUGGUGUAGCUAGAACCACCAGAAAUAUGUGAUGAAUUAAGUGGUGUAGCUAUAAACACCAAAAAUGUGUGAAGUAUUAAGAGAUUUGAUUAUGUUAGAACCACCAAAAAUAUUUGAAGUUAAAAGUGGUGGUUAGGACCACCCUGAAAGAGAGUUCGUAAGUGAAAAUUUACAAACUAUGUCAAACUUGCUUUACAUAAUCUGAUGUUUUGAUUUUGCAUUAGUAUGAAAGAACUUCAUUUGUUUGACAGUCAUGUAGUUGUGUUUUUGUAAAUAUCUUAUGAAUGAUUUAUAUACAAUAUUAAUAUAUUCAGAGAUUAAUAUGAUUUCCCAUACCAAUGUUGACAACCACAACUUAAUAACUUUGCAUGUGAUUAUUUGUUAGUACAAUAUUAAUAUACUUGUAUGAAUGCAUAAAUAUCAUUUGGUUGAAUUUGUUGGGAGUUUUUGUAUGCUUGAUGAUUGGUAUCCAGAUAGAUUCAUAUUCAAUUUUUUUUUUUAAUAUCAAAUUUUUGCACUUUCAUACAAAUGACGAAUUCUUUUGUGAUGUUGAAAUGGUGCACACUUAUGUUGUGUCUUAAACAGAUGAUAUACACAGAAUGUUUAUCAAAGCUUGUAUUUUUUUUGGGGGGGGGGGGUGAUGAUUGGUUUGUAGUGUGUCUGUGUGUGUGUGUCUUUUGUAACAAGCAGGCCUCUUUAUUAUUUGUACAUUCCAAGUUUUAAAUACUGUAUACAAGGAAAUAUUCGCCCCCGUUUUUGUUUUGUUUUUUGCUCCUUUAACCUUUUGCCCUUGUCGUCUGCGGGUGGAUUUAAGACUGGGUGAAUUUCAAUGUUUCAAUUUAUUUUUCUUUAAACAUACUGUGUCUGGGCAAAUUCAAGAUGGGGCGAAUCUGUUUGCAAGUGUAGAAGGGUGAUAAUUACACCGGGCAAAAAUAACCCUGUAUACAGUAUCUUAGAACGAGCCAUUUUAAUUAUUGGUUUAGGAUCUUUUUUUCUUUCAUUUUCAUCAACCAAAGGUGCAAUUUUUUUUUUCAAAUAAUUUUGUUCAUUGUCCAAUUCUAGAAUUACUUUCAUUCACAUUUGUUAUUUUUUAUCUUUACAUGUUUGUAUGUGGCAUGCUUAAAUGCUGGCAUUAUCUUUUUACAGGAUAUGUCAUUUAACUUCCAAAGUGAUUUACAAUUAAAGAAUGGGAAAAUGGA